AUGAAUAUAAAUGAUGGAGGAAGACGACGCUUUGAGGAUAAUGAACAUACAUUACGCAUAUAUCCUGGGACAAUUUCAGAAGGGACAAUCUACUGUCCGAUUCCUGCCAGAAAAAACUCCACGGCUGCUGAGGUGAUUGACUCACUUAUAAACAAGCUUCAUCUUGACAAAACAAAAUGUUAUGUUCUAGCAGAGGUAAAAGAAUUUGGUGGAGAAGAAUGGAUACUCAAUCCAACAGACUGUCCAGUUCAGCGAAUGAUGUUAUGGCCCCGCAUGGCUCUGGAAAAUCGCCUGAGUGGAGAGGACUACCGUUUUCUUCUAAGAGAAAAAAACCUCGAUGGAUCAAUUCAUUAUGGUAGUCUUCAGUCAUGGCUACGGGUAACAGAAGAACGUCGCAGGAUGAUGGAACGGGGUUUUCUUCCACAGCCUCAACAGAAGGACUUUGACGAUUUAUGUAGCUUACCUGAUUUGAAUGAGAAAACUCUCUUAGAAAACCUACGAAAUCGCUUUAAGCAUGAAAAAAUUUAUACCUAUGUUGGCAGUAUUCUAAUAGCUAUUAACCCAUUCAAAUUUCUUCCUAUUUAUAACCCCAAAUAUGUCAAAAUGUAUGAUAACCAUCAAUUGGGAAAACUUGAGCCUCACAUUUAUGCUGUGGCUGAUGUAGCUUAUCAUGCCAUGCUUCAGCGCAAAAAGAAUCAGUGCAUCGUUAUUUCAGGAGAGAGCGGUUCUGGAAAGACACAAAGCACGAACUUUCUUAUUCAUCACCUUACUGCCCUCAGUCAGAAAGGAUUUGCCAGUGGAGUGGAACAAAUUAUUCUUGGCGCUGGACCAGUACUUGAGGCCUUUGGAAAUGCAAAGACAGCUCAUAAUAACAAUUCAAGUCGUUUUGGCAAGUUUAUUCAAGUAAAUUACCAAGAAACAGGCACUGUACUUGGUGCCUAUGUUGAAAAGUAUCUACUGGAGAAGUCUAGACUCGUUUAUCAAGAGCAUAAUGAACGGAACUAUCAUGUAUUCUAUUACCUUCUGGCAGGAGCAAGUGAAGAAGAGAGAUUAGCAUUCCAUCUUAAACAACCAGAAGAAUAUCAUUAUCUCAAUCAGAUAACAAAGAAACCCCUCAGACAGAGCUGGGAUGAUUAUUGCUUUGACUCUGAGCCGGACUGCUUCACCGUAGAGGGGGAAGAUUUGAGGCAUGACUUUGAACGCUUACAACUAGCCAUGGAAAUGGUAGGAUUUCUUCCCAAGACUCGAAGACAGAUUUUCUCUCUCCUCUCAGCAAUACUACAUUUGGGUAAUAUCUGUUAUAAAAAGAAGACAUACCGGGAUGACUCCAUAGAUAUCUGUAAUCCUGAAGUUCUGCCUGUUGUCUCCGAGUUAUUAGAAGUUAAAGAAGAGAUGCUGUUCGAGGCACUAGUUACAAGGAAGACUGUGACAGUGGGAGAAAAGCUUAUUUUACCAUACAAACUGGCAGAGGCUGUGACAGUGAGGAACUCUAUGGCUAAGUCUUUAUAUAGUGCCCUGUUUGACUGGAUCGUUUUUCGGAUUAAUCAUGCACUUAUGAAUAGUAAAGAUUUGGAACAAAAUGCCAAGACUUUGUCCAUUGGUGUUCUUGAUAUUUUUGGGUUUGAAGAUUAUGAAAAUAACAGCUUUGAACAAUUCUGUAUUAAUUUUGCUAAUGAACGUUUACAACACUACUUUAAUCAGCAUAUCUUUAAAUUGGAGCAAGAGGAAUAUAGAACUGAAGGUAUCAGCUGGCACAAUAUAGACUAUAUUGAUAAUACCUGUUGCAUAAAUCUUAUUAGCAAGAAACCAACAGGCCUGCUCCAUCUUUUGGAUGAAGAAAGCAACUUUCCACAGGCUACAAAUCAAACACUGCUGGACAAGUUUAAGCACCAACAUGAAGAGAAUUCUUACAUUGAAUUUCCAGCUGUGAUGGAGCCUGCUUUCAUCAUAAAGCAUUAUGCCGGGAAAGUAAAAUAUGGGGUAAAGGAUUUCCGGGAAAAAAAUACAGAUCAUAUGCGCCCUGACAUUGUAGCUCUUCUGAGAAGUAGCAAGAAUGCAUUUAUCUCUGGGAUGAUUGGAAUUGAUCCCGUAGCUGUUUUCCGAUGGUCAGUUCUCCGAGCUUUUUUUAGAGCCAUGGUUGCUUUCAGGGAAGCUGGGAAAAGACACAUUCAGAGAAAAACUGGACAUGAUGAUACAGCGCCAUGUGCAGUUUUGAAAAGUAUGGAUAGUAUUAGCUUUCUUCAACACCCAGUCCACCAGAGGAGCUUAGAGAUUCUGCAGAGGUGCAAGGAAGAGAAGUACAGUAUAACUCGGAAAAACCCCAGAACACCUCUUUCUGAUCUCCAGGGCAUGAAUACCCUAAAUGAAAAAAACCAACAUGAAACAUUUGAUUUUGCCUGGAAUGGCAGAACUGGGAUUCGCCAGAGUAAACUAUCAAGUAACACCUCCUUGCUUGAUAAAGAUGGGAUAUUCGCUAAUUCAGCUAGCAGCAAACUCUUGGAGAGAGCCCAUGGGAUUCUCACGAGAAACAAAAAUUUCAAAUCCAAACCUGGGCUUCCAAAGCAUUUGCUAGAAGUAAAGUCUUUAAAGCAUCUGACAAGAUUGACCCUGCAGGAUCGCAUUACCAAGUCUCUUCUUCAUUUGCACAAGAAGAAGAAACCUCCCAGCAUCAGUGCCCAGUUUCAGGCCUCAUUAAGCAAGCUGAUGGAAACACUUGGUCAAGCAGAACCUUAUUUUGUAAAAUGCAUUCGCUCUAAUGCUGAAAAGUUACCAUUAAGGUUCAGUGAUGCCUUGGUGCUUAGACAGCUUCGGUACACUGGGAUGCUGGAGACAGUUCGAAUUCGCCAAUCAGGAUACAGUUGCAAAUAUUCUUUCCAGGAUUUUGUGAGCCAUUUCCAUGUACUUCUUCCCCGAAAUAUUAUUCCAUCCAAAUUUAACAUUCAGGAUUUCUUCAGGAAAAUAAAUCUUAAUCCAGAUAAUUAUCAAGUUGGAAAAUCCAUGGUGUUCCUAAAGGAGCAGGAACGACAACACCUACAGGAUCUGCUUCACCAGGAGGUGCUCCGCAGAAUCAUAUUGCUGCAACGAUGGUUCAGGGUCUUGCUGUGUAGGCAGCAUUUCCUCCAUCUGAGACAGGCGUCUGUUGUCAUCCAGCAAUUCUGGAGGAAUUACGUACAUCAGAAGCAAGCCAGAGCUGCAGCUGUGCAGAAAGAUGCUUUACUUCUGGCAAGUGCAGCCACUCUCCUGCAGGCCUCCUGGCGUGCUCACUUACAGAGGCAGCGGUAUUUGGAGCUGCGGACUGCCGCCAUUGUCAUCCAGCAGAGAUGGAGGAAGCGCUGUAGGCGGAGACACUUGGCCGCUGUCUGUAUACAGGCAAGAUGGAAAGGCUACAGGGAAAGUAAGAAGUAUCAAGAACAAAGGAACAAAAUUAUCCUUUUGCAGUCACUGUAUAGAGGAUUCAGAGCAAGACAAAGAUUUAAAUCUCUGAAAGAACAAAAAGUAAAAGAAGCAAAACUAGAACUUGGAUUGGCAAGUAUCAAGCCAUAUGGGACUCUGGAAAUUCAUGGUUCAGACCCUUCAAAAUGGGAGGAUUGUUCAUUUGACAGCAGAGUAAAAGCCAUUGAGGAAUGUAAAUCUGUGAUAGAGAGUAAUCGAAUUAGUCAUGAAAGUUCAAUGGACUGCUUGAAUGAGUCCCCAAACAAGCGACAGGAGAGAGCCAGAAGUCAAAGUGGUGUGGACUUGCAGGAAAAUGUGAUUGUAAGAGAGAGACCCAAGUCCUUGGAAGAUCUCCACCAGAAAAAAGUGAGUCGGGCCAAAAGAGAAAGUCGGAGAAUGAGAGAACUAGAGCAAGCUAUAUUUAGCUUAGAAUUGCUGAAAGUCCGUUCUCUCGGUGGUGUGUCUCCUUCAGAAGAGCGUAGAUGGUCUACGGAACUGAUGCCUGAGGGCCUUCAGUCUUUGCAGGGUACACCUGAUAGUGAAAGCUCGCACGGAAGCUUGGAACUUCUGAGCUGUGAGGAGAGCCAAAAGAGCAAACCAGAGCCCAUAAUUACAGAUGAAAGAGACUUGCCAUUUGUACCACCUGAGGUAUCUUGCAGUCCAGAUUUUGAGCCACAGGACUAUCCUGUCAGUGCUGCAAGUGAGACUAACUAUACAUUGACUCAAAGGGGGCCACCCUCUGACUCAGUGCAUUUAAAGAAUGGGGCUAUGAAGGAAAAGCUGGUUUGCAGUUCUGAAUCUAUUACCUGUAAACCACAGCUGAGAGACCCUUUUGUUUCAAAUAGUUUGCCUACAUUUUUUUAUAUUCCCCAUCAAGACCCACUGAAAAUGAGCUCCCAACUAGACACAAGUGUCCAGAGAAGCAAACUAUUAGAAAGUGAAGAAACGCUUCCACCUCUUACUUUGGAUAUCAGCAGGGAAGCCGGAAAGUACCACCUCCCAGGAGAAAAUCAGGUUGUUGCUUCUUUGAAUACAGAUUCUUCAAAUACCGUGCUUAAGAAAUUAGAAAAGUUGAACACUGAGAAGGAAGAAAGGCAAAAGCAAUUGCAGCAACAGAAUGAGAAAGAGAUGAUGAAACAGAUUCGCCGACAAAAAGAUAUUUUAGAAAAGGAGCGUAAAGCCUUCAAGACAAUUGAAAAGCCAAGAACUAGGGAGAGUUUUCUGGUACCAUCUUUCCAUCAGUCAAAGCAGAGAAUAGAGAGACCAUCCUCUCUUCUCAUCCUGAAAACCCCAAAUAAGGAUGAAGAAUCCAGUAUGGUUGGGACUCUGUCAGUAACUAUAAAAGAUUCUGUUCUUGCCCCAAAAGACAGUCCCUCAACUCACUUACCCUUAAAGGACCGACCUGUCACUCUGUUCUUUGAAAGAAAAGGAGGCCCAGGCCAAUCUCACACUGUCAAGGAAUUAUCCAAGACAGACAGAAUGUCCACCCAACUGAAUGUUGCCUAUAAACACUCUCAUAGUCGCAUUUCAAAGAGAGAACACCUGAGGCCGGCUCAGCCUUGUAGCCACAAAUCUGAUGACCCUUUCAGAGACGGAGCUACUAAGGCCAUUUUUUUCACACCAAAGGAAAAUAUGAGUAGUUCCCUUGUCACCAUGGAAGCCUUGAACAGUGGAAAUCCUCAACUCCAGAAACAAGAUGAACCAACUUGGAAACCUGUAAAGUUAACUGGGCCGGGCCAAGGAGAGGUUGCCAGACCGGCCCAUAAAAAGAAAGCUCGAAUGGCGCGGACGCGCUCCGAUUUCUUGACUAGAGGUACUUUUGCCGAUGGGGAGGGGGAUACAGAGGAAGAUGAUUACGAUGACAUUAUUGAGCCCCUUCUCUCCCCUGACCAAGCUUCUCACUCUGAGCUAGGGCCUGCACCCAGCCUGGGUCAGGCCUCUCACAGUGACUCCGAAAUGACUUCACAGCGGUUUUCUUCAGUUGAUGAAGAAGCAAAGCUUCAUAAGACCAUGUCUCAAGGAGAGAUUACGAAGUUGGCAGUGAGACAGAAGGCUUCAGAUUCAGAUAUAAGACCUCAGAGAGCUAAGAUGAGAUUCUGGGCCAAAGGGAAACAAGGGGAGAAGAAGACUACCAGAGGGAAACCUGAUACCCACUCAGAGGUUUCAGCACUCUUCGCUGGCUCAGAUAUGAUUCCAGCUCAUCAGUUUCCAGAUGAAUUAUCUCAUAAUCACCCAACACCUCCUUUGAGUCCGGAAUUGCCUGGGAGUUGCCGAAAGGAAUUCAAAGAGAACAAAGAGCCUUCUCCAAAGGCAAGGCGCAGGCGAAGUGUGAAGAUCAGCAGUGUGGCUUUGGAGUCUAUGCACUGGCAAAAUGACUCUGUCCAGAUUAUAGCAAGUGCUAGUGAUUUAAAAAGCAUGGAUGAAUUUCUUCUGAAAAAGAUGAAUGACCUAGAUAAUGAAGACAGCAAGAAAGACACACUAGUGGAUGUUGUAUUCAAGAAAGCCCUGAAAGAAUUUCGGCAGAAUAUCUUCAGCUUUUAUUCGUCUGCAUUGGCGGUAGAUGAUGGGAAAAGCAUACGAUAUAAAGACCUCUACGCACUAUUUGAACAGAUUUUGGAAAAGACCAUGAGACUUGAGCAGCGAGAUUGGAGUGAGUCUCCAGUCAGAGUUUGGGUUAACACUUUUAAAGUGUUUUUAGAUGAAUAUAUGAAUGAAUUCAAGACUUUGGAAUAUAUACCCACAAAGGUGCCAAAAACAGAGAGAAAGAAAAGAAGGAAAAAAGAAUCUGAUUUAGUAGAAGAGCACAAUGGUCACAUCUUUAAGGCCACCCAGUAUAGCAUCCCUACCUACUGUGAAUACUGUUCUUCUUUGAUAUGGAUAAUGGACCGAGCCUCUGUUUGCAAAUUGUGCAAGUAUGCUUGUCAUAAGAAGUGCUGUCUGAAAACCACAGCCAAGUGUUCUAAAAAGUAUGAUCCAGAGCUGUCCUCUCGACAAUUUGGGGUUGAAUUAUCCCGUUUGACCAGUGAAGACCGAACUGUUCCUUUGGUGGUGGAAAAGCUCAUAAACUACAUUGAAAUGCAUGGACUGUACACAGAAGGUAUUUAUCGAAAGUCUGGUUCAACUAAUAAAAUCAAGGAGCUUCGACAAGGUCUAGAUACAGAUGCUGAGAAUGUAAACCUCGAUGACUAUAACAUACAUGUCAUUGCGAGUGUAUUCAAACAGUGGCUUCGUGAUUUACCCAAUCCACUCAUGACCUUUGAACUCUAUGAGGAAUUUCUUCGAGCUAUGGGCCUUCAGGAGAGGAAAGAGACAAUCCGUGGUGUAUACUCUGUCAUUGACCAGCUCUCCCGAACUCAUCUCAAUACACUGGAACGCCUCAUCUUUCAUCUGGUCAGGAUUGCUCUACAGGAAGACACUAAUCGAAUGUCUGCUAAUGCUUUGGCCAUUGUGUUUGCACCCUGCAUUCUCCGCUGCCCUGACACCAUCGACCCACUGCAAAGUGUGCAGGACAUCAGUAAGACUACCACCUGUGUGGAGCUUAUUGUUGUGGAACAAAUGAAUAAAUAUAAGGCUCGUCUCAAAGACAUUAGUAGCCUGGAAUUUGCUGAGAAUAAAGCAAAGACCAGGCUAUCACUGAUUCGUAGAUCAAUGGGCAAGGGGCGUCUUCGUCGAGGAAACUAUCCAUGUCCAGUCUCUCCUGCUGUGGUUCGGUUGCCCUCCAUGUCUGAUGUCACAGAAGAGACCUUGACUAGUGAGGCGGCCCUGGAUACUGACAUCACGGAGCAGCAGCAGGCAGCUAUGCAGCAGGAGGAGAGAGUCCUGACCGAGCAGAUUGAGAAUCUGCAGAAAGAGAAGGAAGAAUUAACAUUUGAGAUGCUUGUCCUGGAACCACGUGCCUCUGAUGAUGAAACCCUUGAGUCUGAGGCCUCCAUAGGGACUGCUGAUAGCUCAGAAAAUUUGAAUAUUGAGUCUGAAGGUGCCAUCUCUGAGAAAUCAGAGAGAAGCUUAGCCCUUAUCUCUGCGAAAGCAGCUGGCAAGUCUGAACCUUCAAGCAAGUUGCGGAAGCAGCUCAAAAAGCAGCAAGGCUCACUGGAUUCAGUGGACUCCUCAGUCUCUUCUUUAUGUUCAUCUGGCACUGCAUCUUCUCAGGGGACCAGAAGACGAUUUCAGAUUUACUCCAAAUCUCCUUUCUACCGAGCUUCCUCAGCUGGUGAGGCCCUCGGGAUGGAGGGGCCAUCCGGCCAGACCAAAUCCCUAGAAGACAAGCCUCAGUUCAUCAGCAGAGGAACCUUCAACCCUGAAAAGGGAAAGCAAAAAUUAAAGAAUGUGAAAAACUCACCUCAGAAAACCAAAGAGACCCCAGAGGGGAUCGUUGUGUCUGGCCGCAGGAAAACUGUGGACCCAGACUGCAGCUCGGCCCAACAGCUCGCUCUCUUUGGGAAUAAUGAGUUUAUGGUCUGA